UUUCUGUAAGCUUGCGGGAGUCAACAUGGCGGUAGAGCAGAGACUGGCGGUGAGUCAGAGGAAUUUGAGUUGAAAAGACCAACCGGAAGAGACUGACAACAAACUGACUUCUUGGCAACAAACUUUUAGUCAACUAACGAUUUCGUCGUCGUCUCAUUUUAUUUGUGUUUAAACGCCAAAACAACUUUUUAAUUUUUUAGUAAUGUGCGAUGAAGCGCGAAGCAACGAGACGUCCGAAAUGGAAGAUAAGCAGCAGCGAAGAGUCCAAAGUCAGCAUCAGCAGCACCGAGCAGAAGGAUCAAAGACAUCUGGCAGUUCCUUUCCGGGGUCACAUCACUGGUGGGAUGCGUCCUGGGAGGAAGGUUAUAAUCUUUGCUGUCUUGGACGCUCAUCCCGACAGGUUCUACAUCGCCCUGACAUGCGGCUGUGGGAUGUCCAGAGAGCCUCCUCUUGACGUGGCUCUGGAGAUCUGCGUCCGCUUCAAGGAGCGCCAGGUGCUGCGUCGGGCGUGUGUGAGGGGGGCGUGGGGCCGCGCCGACAGUGCUGUUCCCUUCUUUCCCUUCAUCAAGGAUCAGCCCUUCAAGAUGGAGAUGCAGUGUGAACACGGUCGCUUUCGCGUCUUCCUGGACGGUCAGCAGCUCUUUGACUUUCACCACCGGGUGGCACCGCUCCACCUCAUCGACACCCUGUGGAUCAGGGGCAGUGUUGCCAUCACCAAACUGGCAUGAGGGGGCGCCAUUGAGACAACAAUGGAUGCUUCAUGAUGCCACACAGUUUUAAGACAUCUUUAAGAUGGAUGGAUGGUGAAAGCAUGGAUGCAUUCUUCACACUGCUGGUUAUGGUUCUGGUGGUCUAAAUGGUCAUCUUCUUAACCCAGUGUGGGCUGCUUAGGACCGAGCAGUCACAGCAUGAUUGUUUGUCAUGGCAGCACGAUGUGUAUUGGUAUGCUCCUAAAAAAGGUCUACUGUAUAUUUGUAAAUUUUAGCUUGCCAUUCCUGUUGUAAAAAUGUGUUAUUUGAUGUUUUAAUUGUACAAGUGUUCAACAAAGCUGUAAAUAAUUCAGUCAGUGAUUAUUAAUCGAAUGGAAGCGUCACUCUCACUUUACUUCCUUGUUGACAUGUUUGACCUCCUGUUUGACACUGUAUCGAGCCCCGCCCUCUUUCUGGGUGUUUCCAUAAAUUCAACAAGAAUGGCGCAGUGUCAUCUCUUAUUUAUUCUGUGCUUAUGUACAGUAUAUACUGUAUGUGUGUGUUUGCGUCUAUAUAUGUGCAGUACUCUGGUCACUUUGAGAUGAAUGAAUUGUACCAUAAAUUCAAUGUACUAUAGAUUUAAAACAUUUCAAUAAACUACAGUAUCC